CUCCUCUCUCCAUCCCCUCACUCUUGGACACUUUGAGCUAAGCUCUCAUCUUUCGUCUAAAUCUUCUCAGAAAAUUCACAACACAAUAAAUCUUCUCCUUGAUUUCAAUCUCAUCAUCGCCAUGGGCAACUGCCUAGUGAUCCAAGACGACAGAGACAAGGAGAUCAAGAUCAUGGGAAUGGACGGCGGCGAGAUCCUCAAGCUGCACCGGGAUGCCGCCGUCUCCGACUCCGACGACCCCGCGGCCGACAUGGCGAAGGCAGCAGCUGCUGCCGCCGCCGCCGCCGCUGCCGAUACGGCCGGCGGCGUCGUCCGGGUGAAGCUGGUGAUCAGCAAGCAGCAGCUGAAGAAGAUGCUGCACAAGGAUGGCGUCUCUCUUGACGACAUGGUUUCGCUGAUGCAGAGAGAAGCAAGUGAGCAGGAGAUGAUCAGCUGCAGAGGGUGGCGACCUGCCUUGAAGAGCAUACCAGAAGGCAGUGAUUGUUAGCUACUAGUACAUAAUUAAUUAAUUAAUUAAUUAUACUUAACUAGUUCAAUAUAUAUACAAGAUAUAUUAGCUAGACUGCUAGAGUUAUACUAGUAGAUGUUUUGGAAUAAGUGAAAGAAAUAUCUAGCAUAGGACCAUAGGUAUAUAUAUGCUCAACAGAUACAUGUAAAUAUGGAGAUAGAUAUGGUGUACCCACUUAAAAAAAAGUUUUGAGAGAUGAGGAUUCUCUUUAUCUUUUCUUUUUGGACACAUGCACAUGGAUGCAUGGUUGUAAAGAAAAGGCAAAGAUGAUCCUAGAAAUUAAUUAAUCAAGAAGCUCAUUGUCUUAAUUAUAUAUAGUUCAUCCUUUGUCGGUUAAUUCAAUUCAAGAUUAUGAAAAGAACCUGGGAUAGUAACGUACUA